AUGUUUAAAUCGAUAACCUUUGUAGAGGUUGCCUUACGAAGCCCCUUUGCAGGUAAUCCUGCCCACUUGGAGUUAUUGCCGCCGAGGGAAGGAAAGAUUACCUCGGUGGGAGAUAAGGAGGUCGACGGGGCUUGGAGUGCGAUUGUCCCCGAGUCAGGCGUCGAAUUGUGUCAAGUGAAGCGGCAAAUUGAACGGCCGAGCCUUCUGCGCACUCCGUCACUAAUCGUCACAUAA